AUGCUUGUUCAGCAGUGGAUUGUCGGUCUGCGCGAUGAAAAAGCUCGGGAAAAUCUUUUAUCAGAGAAGAAGGAUUUGUCAUGGGAGAAAGCCUGUGAUAUCGCCAGUCAUCGGGAGCGCGUGCGACAAAAACUUCAGCAGCUGAAUCAGUCAAACGAUGGGGUGAUAGCAUCCUUGGAAUCUGAAAUGGCUGUCUCCCUAGUCAACGCUGCUGUUUCUUCACCUAAACAGCGAUCCUCCGCUCCCUCAAAAAAUUGCCAUCCUGCCACCGUUGUGAUCGGCAUUAUGUCCGGUGGUCAGACUGUAGACACCAGAAGACGGUAUGCCAGUUUUGCAAGAAAGUCGGCCACAUCGACCGAGUGUGUUUCUCCAAAAGAUGCGCGAAUACUAACACGCAUGCGACCUACCCUAAUCCAGCUGGGGAUGGCGAGUCGAUACUCCGAAUGUUUUCGGCCAACGCGCCACUCCAAUCGCCUUACACCAUCACGCUCCCGGUUGAUCACCACCCCGUGAAGUUUGAAAUCGACACUGGCUCAGCUGUUACUCUCAUCAAUGAGACCUCUCUUCAGAAAUUACCCUCCCUCCUUCCGGCUAGCUCAACAUUCCGUGGUUACACUGGACAGAACUUAAAUGUUCGAGGGGUCUUUACAGCCGAAGUCGAGCAUGAUGGAGAACUUCCUUACUUGCUGGUUCAUGCGCUGAGAAGAAUCCAGCAACCAAAUCUCCUUAGACGAAAUUGGAUUAAAUGUGUGCUUUCUGUGCUAUCCUAUGUACAUCGGAUUGGUGUAAAUCCGGCUUUAGAUUCAAUUUUUGUAAAUCAUAAAGAUCUAUUUCGUGACGAUUCUGCUACCUACUACCGCGGCCCACCUGCUAAGUUUCAGUUUCAGUCAGAUUUCCGGUCCCGGUUCUUCAAAGCUCGUACAGUCCCCUAUGCAGUCGCACCGAAGUUCGAAGAAGAGCAAGAUCGUCCACAGAAAGCGAAUUUUAUUGAGCCCGUGCAAUAUUCGGAAAGGGCAGUCCCAAUAGUUCCUGUUCUUAAAACCGAUGGUUCUGUGCGUAUCUGCGGCGACUGCAAGCUGACAAUCAACUCAGCAACUAAACUGAACCCUUAUCCUCUCCCGCGCAUCGAGGAUCUGUACGCAUUUCUCUUGGGUGAUCAUCAGUUUACAACUUUGGACCUAAAGCAUGCCUACAACCAAGUCGUCCUGUAUACUGAAUCCCGAGACGCCACCACCAUCAAUACGCAUCGGGGUUUAUUUCGAUAUAAAAGACUACCAUUUGGAGUAAUUUCGCCCCCCGUUUUAUUUCAAUGCUUGGUUGAUAUCCUCGUGAAGGAUAUACCCCACGUUUGCGCAUACCCUGACGAUAUAUUAGUCGCCGGCCCAUCUGAACAUAGUCAUCUAGAGAUUCUAAGCAUCGUGUUAGGACGUUUAGAAGAAGCAGGUUUUAAGCUCAGGAGAGAAAAGUGCACUUCCCUUGCCGACUCGGUAGAAUACCUGGGCUUCAGGGUGGAUAAAACUGGCCUCCAUCCACUCAAACAUAAGCUCAAAGCCUUGAAGGCGGCGUCGCGCCCCAACAAUACUAGUCAAUUGCGUUCAUUCUUGGAUUUGGUCCCCACUUUAGUCGCUUUAUUAAUCAGUCGGGUACGAUUCUAAAGCCCCUUUAUCGACUACUUGAAAAGAAUCGCUGCUGGAAUUGGUCGGAGGUCGAACAAAGUGCUUUUGAACAGGCAAAGGCGGCUCUUACCUCCUCAUCUGUCCUAGUUCACUAUGACCCCGAAAAGCCUAUCAUACUGAAAUGUGAUGCGUCUCCGUACGGCGUAGGUGCGGUUUUCAUGCACCGAAUGCCUUCUGGUGCGGAGAUGCCGAUUGUCUUUGCAUCAAGAACCAUGUCACAGGCGGAAACCAACUAUUCACAACCAGAUAAAGAGGCCUUGGCAGUAAUGAUUGGCCAACAUCGCUUCCACCUGUAUCAUUUUGGCCGACCCUUUGAGAUUCACACUAAUCACAAACCCCUCUUAGGUUUGCUGAGAGAAAAACGAGGGAUACAACAGAUGUCCCCGCCGAGAAUGUAACGAUGGGCGCUCACCCUGUCUGCUUACACGUAUGUAAUGCAAUACGUUACUGGUAGUGCAAACGUAGUGGCUGACGCCUUUAGUAGGCUUCCUAUUGUGGACGAUGACAGUAACGGGGCACCUGUUUUUGAGACCGUGAAUCUUUUGCAGAACCUAGUCAACGUACCUGUAACCUGUCAACAAAUUCGACAGUGGACAUCGAGAGACCCACUCCUAAGUCGGGUAAAAAGAGCUCUACAAUCUGCCUGGCCGUCCUCUACCUACUCUGAUCUUCAACCAUUCUUUAGCCGUCAGAACGAGUUAAAUUUACAAGACGGAUGCAUACUAUGGGGCAAUCGUGUAGUUGUGCCACCAUAAGGCCGACGGCCCAGCUUCAGAUAAAUGCAUAAUAGAAUAGAAUAGGUUUAUUGUGGCACCCCUUGGGCACUGUCAGUCCCCUUGUUUGGUGGCCCAAAACUGACGCAGAUACAUAAAACGUGGUGAAAGCAUGUCACGUGCGCCAAAUAACACAGAAAACCUUACCGAAGGUUCCUCUGAAGCCCUAGGACUGGCCUGACUAGCCGUGGAAGAGGGUGCAUGUCGUUUAUUUUGGGCCAUUCCAAGGCCGUAUGUUUUUGGUGGUAGUUGACGCCCACACUAAAUGGAUCGAUGCGAUUCCGACAGGAAAUUCUUGUUCUUCACGGACUACAAUCAACAAGUUGCGAACCGUUUUUUCUACUUUGGGAUACCUGAAACGGUCGUUUCAGACAAUGGCCCGGCCUUUACUAGUGCAGAAUUUAAAGAUUUCAUGGAGAAAAUGGAAUUAAACAUUUAAAUACUGCCCCGUACCACGCUGCUUCUAAUGGCCUCGCAGAGCGUGUAGUCCAGACAAUAAAGCACGAACUAGACAGACAGACAGAAGCGGACUUGGCCACAAAGUUGUCACGCUUUCUGUUCAGCUAUCGCAUAACACCAAACGACUCAACUGGUGCUUCGCCUGCAGAAUUAAUGUUCAAGCGGCAGUUGCGCACACGACUCGACCUGCUUAAUCCAUCAACGCAUGAUAGAGUCAUUGCAAAACGGACGAAGAUAAAAGCACGAUAUGAUGUGAACACCCGACCACGAUUCGUCGUACCUAACGAAAGUGUUUACACGCGACUGAAACACGAAACGAACUGGUCUCCAGCGGUAGUUAGAACAAGCGAGGGGCAUUAGAGUGGAAUUAGAGUAAGAAGAUGGGAGAAUCGUGCGUCGACAUCUGAACCAAGUUUGCAGCCGAACGGACACAGCAAAUGGAGAGUUCGGAAAGUUCGAACUGCCAGCAACCCUUGGUAGGGAUCCUGACAUCCCGAGGACUGAACAUCUACUGCCUGCACAGAGCACUCCGCCACCGACCGAGGCGUAUGUUCCUCCUCCUCCUCCUCCUCCUCCUCCUCCUCCUCCUCCUCCUUCUGCCCCGGCCAGCACUAG